AUAAUAUCCCCCGAGCUUCAAAGCGCAGGCAGUGACAGUCAUCUGUCUGGACGCGCUGGGUGGAUGCGGGGGGCUCCUGGGAACUGUGUUGGAGCCGAGCAAGCGCUAGCCAGGCGCAAGCGCGCACAGACUGUAGCCACCCGAGGACACCCCCGCCCCCCCGGCCCACCCGGAGACACCCGCGCAGAAUCGCCUCCGGAUCCCCUGCAGUAGGCGGGAGGUAAGAAGCAGGGCUUGCAAACCGCCCGGCGCCCAGGGAGCGACGAGCGCUGGGGCAAGGCAAGCCCUGGACGGGAUCGCGACGUGCGCACCGGGCGCCCGAAUAUGCCCGGGGGACUGUUUCUGCUUCCGAAACAAAACCAUCUCUGGGUUUCCCCAGAAAAGCCAGUUCCAGCCCGGAAGGCAUCCUGGUUAGAGGAGACCCGCCCUAAUCCUUUUGCAGCCCUUACCGGGGGGAGUAAUGGCUUCUGCGAAAAGAAAUUCCCCCUGCUCUAGAAGAUCUGUCUGUGUUUGAGCUGUCGGAGAGCCGUGUUGGAGGUCGGCGCCGGCCCCCGCCUUCCGCGCCCCCCACGGGAAGGAAGCACCCCCGGUAUUAAAACGAGCGGGGCGGAAAGAAGCUCUCAGUCGCCGGCCGGGAGGCGAGCCGAUGCCGAGCUGCUCCGCGUCCACCAUGCCGGGUAUGAUCUGCAAGAACCCAGACCUCGAGUUUGACUCGCUGCAGCCUUGCUUCUACCCGGACGAAGAUGACUUCUACUUCGGCGGCCCCGACUCGACCCCCCCGGGGGAGGACAUCUGGAAGAAGUUUGAGCUGCUGCCCACGCCCCCGCUGUCGCCCAGCCGUGGCUUCGCGGAGCACAGCCCCGAGCCCCCGAGCUGGGUCACGGAGAUGCUGUUCGAGAACGAGCUGUGGGGCAGCCCGGCCGAGGAGGACGCGUUCGGCCUGGGGGGCCUGGGCGGCCUCACGCCCAACCCGGUCAUCCUCCAGGACUGCAUGUGGAGCGGCUUCUCUGCCCGCGAGAAGCUGGAGCGCGCCGUGAGCGAGAAGCUGCAGCACGGCCGCGGGCCGCCGGCCGCGGGCUCCACCGCGCAGUCCCCGGGAGCGGGCGCCGCCAGCCCUGCGGGUCGCGGGCACGGCGGGGCUGCGGGAGCCGGGCGCGCCGGGGCCGCCCUGCCCGCCGAGCUCGCCCAUCCGGCCGCCGAGUGCGUGGAUCCCGCCGUGGUCUUCCCCUUCCCCGUGAACAAGCGCGAGCCGGCGCCUGUGCCCGCAGCCCCGGCCGGUGCCCCGGCGGCUGGCGCUACGGUCGCCUCGGGGGCGGGUGUCGCCGCCCCAGCAGGGGCCACGGGGGUCGCCCCUCUGCGCCCAGGCGGCCGCCAGACCAGCAGCGGCGACCACAAGGCCCUCAGCACCUCCGGAGAGGACACCCUGAGCGAUUCAGAUGAUGAAGAUGAUGAAGAGGAAGACGAAGAGGAGGAAAUUGACGUGGUCACUGUGGAGAAGCGGCGUUCCUCCUCCAACAACAGCAAGGCUGUCACCACAUUCACUAUCACCGUGCGUCCCAAGAACGCAGCCCUGGGUCCCGGGAGGGCUCAGUCCAGCGAGCUGAUCCUCAAACGAUGCCUUCCCAUCCACCAGCAGCACAACUAUGCGGCCCCGUCACCCUACGUGGAGAGUGAGGAUGCACCGCCCCAGAAGAAGAUAAAGAGUGAGGUGUCCCCACGUCCACUCAAGAGUGUCAUACCCCCAAAGGCUAAGAGCUUGAGCCCCCGAAACUCUGACUCGGAGGACAGUGAGCGUCGCAGGAACCACAACAUCCUGGAGCGCCAGCGCCGCAACGACCUCCGGUCCAGCUUUCUCACGCUCAGGGACCACGUGCCGGAGCUGGUAAAGAACGAGAAGGCUGCCAAGGUGGUCAUUUUGAAAAAGGCCACCGAGUAUGUCCACUCCCUCCAGGCCGAGGAGCACCAGCUCUUGCUGGAAAAGGAAAAAUUGCAGGCAAGACAGCAGCAGUUGCUAAAGAAAAUUGAACACGCUCGGACUUGCUAGACGCUUCUCAAAACUGGACAGUCACUGCCACUUUGCACAUUUUGAUUUUUUUUUAAAAAAAACAAACAUUGUGUUGACAUUAAGAAUGUUGGUUUACUUUCAAAUCGGUCCCCUGUUGAGUUUGGCUCUGGGUGGGGAGCAGGACCGCCGGUGUGGGGUUCUUCUGGGACCUCGGAGAGCCUGCCUCCCUGAGUGCUGGGUGGCCGUGUGGCCUCCUCCACCUCACCUCCAUGACAGUGGUAAAAGUUGGUGACAGUUGGGAGCCUCUGCGGCUGUCGAAGUCACCUUGUGUGUUCCAAGUUUCCAAACAACAGAAAGUCAUUCCUUCCUUUUAAAAUGGUGCUUAAGUUCCAGCAGAUGCCACGUAAGGGGUUUGCCAUCCGAUAGCCCUGGGGAACAUUUCUGUAAAUACCAUUGACACAUCUGCCUUUUGUAUACGUCCUGGGUAAUGAGAGGUGGCUUUUGCGGCCAGUAUUAGACUGGAAGUUCAUACCUAAGUACUGUAAUAAUACCUCAAUGUUUGAGGAGCAUGUUUUGUAUACAAAUAUAUUGUUAAUCUCUGUUAUGUACUGUACUAAUUCUUACACUGCCUGUAUACUUUAGUAUGACGCUGAUACAUAACUAAAUUUGAUACUUAUAUUUUCGUAUGAAAAUGAGUUGUGAAAGUUUUGAGUAGAUAUUACUUUAUCACUUUUUGAACUAAGAAACUUUUGUAAAGAAAUUUACUAUAUAUAUAUGCCUUUUUUCCUAGCCUGUUUCUUCCUGUUAAUGUAUUUGUUCAUGUUUGGUGCAUAGAACUGGGUAAAUGCAAAGUUCUGUGUUUAAUUUCUUCAAAAUGUAUAUAUUUAGUGCUGCAUCUUAUAGCACUUUGAAAUACCUCAUGUUUAUGAAAAUAAAUAGCAAUUAAAUGAUGCAACUCAA